AUGAUGAUGGAAGCCAAGGAGGCUCCCUUUCCGGUGUUGUUCUUCGACGGCGAACAGGAGACUAGCCUCGGCAACGUCGUCGUUUCGCCGUCUUUGAAUUUCAAAGUUUUGCAAUCGAUUAUUGGUGAGAAACUCGGUCUCUCUUCUCACCAGUUUUCUAUUUAUCUCACGGACCGCAAGAGGCGUGGCUCAAGAAUCCCGGUUACCGGAAAGAUCGAUUUUGCGGCGGUUUCUUGCGAGAAGGAUUGCUUCUUUCUCGUAGUUCUCAAGCGAUCGAGGCGCGAGAGGAGGCGAAAAAGCCGCGAGGUAGCUGAAAUUAUGCAGAACCGGUUCGAUCCACCUGCUAAUCUGAUGCUUUUGAGGCGAGACGGUAACACUAUUGCAAUAAACGGUAGUGGGUUUUCUGGCCUGGAUUUGGGUCGGGCCGAGUACGAAAGACGGGUGAAGGAACUUCAGAUGGAGAAAGAGCGGUACAGGUACUUGAUGAAUAUGGGUACAGGGCUCGAAGGGCCGAGCUUGGGAACAGAGAGAGCGAAUAGAACAGUAGUAUGCGAGGAAUGCAUGAGGGCUAAGGAGAUUGGCAGAGAUGUUGGGUUCCACUGGUGUGUGUAUGAUACUGUUACUUUCGGGUUCCGAUCACCGGCAGGUCCGAUUGCCCGUCCCGUUAAAAGAUCAAGUUGAGGUUGAUAAUCCAGCGUCGGCAUUUUGACUGAUGAGUUUUCUGUGCAUAGCAGGAAGAAAGCAGGAGCAGUGUACGGUAUGGCAUACAGUAAGCAACUGUAUACCUUAUACGGUAUAUGACUGUCCUUGUAAGUUAGGGAUGUAUAUACUAAUACAGUACAUGGGUAUGUAAGUAGAGGGAUACUUAGUAACCCUAAAAAAGGAUAGGGGUUUUGCUUUGUUGAUUUGGGUUUUGGGUUUUGGGGUUUGGGUGAAAGCAAGAAACAAAACUGGGAAGAAAAGGGCACAGAGGUAUUUGAAUUGUGAUUGUGAUAUGGGAAUUUUGGGCAUUUGGCUUCUAAUUGAAGAAAAUAAGAGUGGGAUUUUGGGUUAAAGGAAUAAUUAAAUAAUGGGUAGGUGGUUUUUGGUUAAGCUUUCAAGUUUUUGCUAAUUGGCAUCAAAAAAUCAAUGGCAUAAUUGAUGCUUGAUUGAAGAUGUGAAAUGAGAAGAGAACCAUUUCUUUAUCUUUUUGUUUUGUGUUUGUCAGAGGUUCUUUUCCUUUAAUUGAAUUUGCAAUUGGAAAAGUUGGCACUGGAAAUGGAAUUAGUGGAUUAAUCUCUUCUGUA